AUGUCAUAGACAGAUAAAGAAUUGAAAAGAAUUGAAGAAUUAGAAGAACAAGUUAAUUAAGCUUUAAAGAGAAGCAGAUAACUUGAUGAUAGUACAAAAUUUGAUGAAAGCUUUUUUAAAUAAGAACUCAAAGAAAUGUAGGAAAGAUGUUAAUAAAAUUAAUAAACUAUGAUGAGAUUAGAAUAAAAAUAUUUAAAAACCGGAUAUGAAUUAAAAAAUUCAGACAUUAUACGAGAAAAUAGUUUAGAAAAAAGUUCGGUUAAAUAAAAGACUUUGUUGGAAUAAAAAAAUCAAUAAAUCUAAGAUCUAUAAAAAAAGCUAUUUGAUACUGAAAGAUAAUUAAAUUAAUAAUUAUCUGAAGUAAAUCGUAGAAAUUAACAAUUAGAAUAUUAAAAUCAAUAAUUAUAAGAGGAAUUAUUGAAUCUUCAAAAUUAAUAAGAGAAUAUUCCUGAUGUUAUGGAAUUACAUAGAGCUCUUGAAGAAUUACAAAAAUAAUAUCUAGAUCUAUAAAAUAAAUUAUAAGAAACUAUGAGAAAUGAUUAAUAAGAUUAUUAAUAAAUAAAAUAAGAAUAUGAAGAAUAUUAAUUAUUAACUUAGAAUAUAAUUAAUUAAGAAGAAGAAUAUUAAAGAAGAAUAUGUGAAUUAGAGGAAGAAUUAUAAUAAAGUUCAACUUUUUAAUAAGAGUUUAUGAGUAGAAUGAAAUCAAAUGAAGAGCUUUAUUAAUAAAGAUAUAGAGAUUUAAAAUAAAAAUAUUAAUAAUAAUUAGACGAUUAAAGAAAGAUUUUAGAUUAGUAAAUUGAUGAAUUAAGGGAACAAAACAAUUAUCUUUUUGGACAACUUUCAAAUACAGAAUGUAAAGUACAAUAGUUAGAGUUUGAAAUAUAAAGGAAACAAAAUCUUUAAACAUCAAAUCAUUAAGACAAUAGUGUUGAUUUAUAAGUUUCAAGAAGUAAAUCUUUUUCUGCUUGUCAAGGUGCACAGAAUAUUAAAACACUAACAGAUUGUGAAAUUAAUUAAAAAGUUAAACCUUAACAUUUUGUAGGAUGUUAUAAUAAAGGAAAAUAAAUUUGUAAUUAAUAAUCUUAAUCAAUAUCUAACAAAUUAGAUUAAAGAAAUGAAUAAAAAUAAUAUGAUUCAAGACCAGUUAAAUAGAUUAAUAUCUCUAUUGAAAAAGAAAAUAUGUAAGCAGACACUUUAUCUUCGUAUAAUAAGAUGAGGUCUUAAUCUAAAGAAUAGCCAGUGACAUAUAAGUAAGUUGCUGAAUAAAGAUAGGCUAUUCUCUAUUCAAAAAUUCCUAAGCCAAGAAGAUGA